GUGGGAUUCCCAGCCGACUCCCCUACCCGGAAAUGACGUAAUGUUAUUAUUAUUCCAGGAAGAGGGCACGGGAAAGCACUGAACUGCGUCAACAAUUGUUUUUAAGAUACAUUCGGAUUUCAGCUGUUGGUAAUCAUGGCAUCUGGGUGUGCAAAAACUACAGCCACUGCUGAGUGAUUUAUGGAACUGUUCCUGGACGGGACUUCAUUACACGACAACAUGGACACAUCAAACUUUGCCCAUGUCAUCUUCCAGAAUGUGGGGAAGAGCUACAUGCCCCAUGCUGCACUGGAGUGUCACCUCACCCUGACGCAGUUCAUCAAACCAAAUCCAAAGGACUGGGUUGGCAUAUUCAAGGUUGGUUGGAGCACAGCGAGGGACUAUUACACAUUCUUGUGGUCGCCUCUCCCUGAGAACUAUGAGGAAGGCACCGCAGUCAACCGAAUAGUGGUCUUUCAGGGAUAUUACGUGCCCAACGAUGAUUCCGAGUUCUACCAGUUCUGUUACGUGACCCACAAAGGCGAGAUCCGGGGGGCCAGCACGCCCUUCCAGUUUCGUGCUAACAGCCCUUCAGAGGACGAGCUGCUGACCGUGGAGGAUGAAUGCAACUCUGACAUCCUGGUGGUCACCACCAAGGCUGGCUACCUUGAGCAAAAGGUGGAGGAAGCCCAGAGAGAGAAGGAGGAGCUGGUGAAAAACAUGGCCCUCCUGCAGCAGGAGAAGGAGCAGCUGGAGGUCGAGAAGGAGGCUCUGCAGAAGGAGUGUGAGCAGGAGAAGGAAAACUGUGCCCAGCUGAGAAGAGAGAGCCAAGAGGUGCAGAAUUCUUCCCAGGCCCUGCAAGAGGAGAAAGAGGAGGUGAAGAAGAGGCUGAAGGAGGCCACAGCCAGAGUCAUACAGCUGGAGGAGGAUCUGAUUGGAGUCACCCAGAAGGGCCUGCAAAAGGAAACCGAGCUGGACAGUCUCAAGGAUAGAGUGAAGAAACUCACAGCAGAGAAGGAAACACUCGAGUCUCAUCUCAAGAACGAAAAAGAUGAGAAGGAACUCUACAAGAUUCACCUGAAAAACCGGGAGCUGGAGAACACCAAGCUGAGUGCAGAGCUGCAGAUGCUGAAGUCUGUGGAUGUGAACAAGGAAAACACCAUUGCCCUGUUUAAAGAGGAGGUGGGACGCCUGCAGGCCUGCCUCAGCGAGAAGGAGAAACAGUACAAAGAGAUCCUGGCCAAAGUCUCCCCAUUGGGAGAUAUGAAGGCCGUGAAGGAGCAGCUGCGGCAGAAGGAGGACCAGCUCCACGCCAACAAGCAGCAGUCCUCCCUGUUAGCCGCGGAGCUGAGAGACGCCUCCAGCACCCGCGACCGCACCAUGUCUGAACUGUACCACAUGAAGCUGGAGGCCGAUGCCCUCCGCCAGGCCAAGGCUGAGGCUCAGAGUCAGUGCACCCGCCUGGAGCGCCUGGUGGAGCAGAUGAAGGCAGACGCCAAGAAGGAAGCUGCCAAAGCAGAAGAAGAGGCCGCUGCAGACCCAGCUGUUUUAGCGGAGCUGCAGAGAGAGGUGGAGGACCUGAAGCUGCGGCUGCACAUGGCUGCAGAACACUACAAGGAGAAAUACAAGGAGUGUCAGCGACUGCAAAAACAAGUGCUCAGACUCUCUGAUCAGCAAGGGGACCCGAAGAGAUGCUCAGCACAAGAGAUGUCCACAAUCCCUGCAUCAGUGAGUCCAGACACAUCAGUUCCAGGAAGUCCAGGUUCUGCUGAUCCCAUGCUGGAAGCCAUCAUCCAGGAGAAGCUCAAAGGCAUCAGCAGAGAAGCAACAGACAGGAGUGACAAGUACAGGAAGUGCAAGCAGAUGCUGCUGGAGGAGAAGGAGCGUAGCUGCAUGUUUGCCGAUGAGCUGGCCAAGAUGGAGGUGAAAUUUAAGGCACAACUGAAGACCAAUGAGAACAUGAAACUGCAGUUGGCAGCAGAGGAAGAUCGCUACAAGAGCCAAGUGGCUGAGAAGGGACGGGAGCUGAAGGAACUUAAGGACACUCUAGCUCUUGUUUUGAAGGACAAGGAAAAAGUAGACGGGGGCAGCGGCAAAAAGGGAGAUCAGGGGGCCAGUGAGAAAACCAGUUUGGAGAGUAUCCAGUCCAUUGUGCCUUUAUUCCUGCAGUACCCUGUCCCUUACGCCCAGGACGCCCCCACCCCCCUGCUGGUCUCUCAGAGCCCCAGUAAGCUGCAUUUUGGAAACCCUUACAUGUCGGACUCAAAAGAUGAGGGAGAUGAGGAGUUCUCAGAUGACCAGCUGCUGAGGCUGCCCCCUGUGGGCCCACCCUCCUGGGACAGCAACGUGGUGUGUAUCCAACCCACCCGCAACCACAGCCGGCCCGAAGGCCACGAGGAGUCCGAGGAAAAGCAACACAACGGCAACAAUGGUAAUGCCAACGAGCAGCCCGCAGCAGCUGAAACUCAAAGCCCAUUUGUGACCGACGGACAAACUGCAUUCUGCUUUGAUCCCAGCAUGAACAUGAAGAGAUGUCCGCUGUGUGAGGUCAUCUUCCCCCCCAACUAUGACCAGAGCAAGUUUGAGGAGCAUGUGGAGAGCCACUGGAAAAUCUGCCCCAUGUGCAGCGAGCAGUUCCCCCUGGACUGCGACCAGAAGGUGUUUGAGAAUCAUGUGCUCACACACUUCGACAGCCACACGCUCAACUUCGACUAGAGAAUCAGAGAAUCAGCACAUCUGCUCUGCCUACUUCCUGUCGCCACUGAAAAUAAUCUGCACUCUUUUCUGCAUGUAAUGGUGUGUAGAUCCAAUCUUUAGGACUAUACUCGCCUUCGCUUUGUUAUUUCAACUUAGAGGAAUACUUUGAAGUGAUGUGACAUAAAAAAAAUCAUUCUGAUUCAGUGUAUAUGACAGGGCCACUGAGGCAAACACUUUUUAUAGGUAAAAGAUAUCCCUUCAUUUUGAUUAAAAGAUAAUUUAAGGGAAAACGACUGUUGUACCAAUAUGUACCGACUUUAAGUUAACUCAGAUCAAUCAGACUACAGGAUGUAAUGAAUCAGGGAAAGAGAUAAGUGUUUACCAAACUUACAUUUAAAACAUCCAACUAAAUGGUUCCCCCCUCAAACAUCAAGUCAUUCGCUCACUCGUUGUAGAAAGCAGCCUUGGUGCACUAUAUGCAGUCAGGUAACAGUCUUCAGUGAUUACAUUCAGAAACGAUAAUACAGUAUAUCAUCAGAUCAUCUAUUUUAGAUUUAUUGAAGCCAAUGAUAUUGUGAAAGCCUUUGUGUAUGAUAUAGAUUUGUUUUAUUUUAGGUUUCCUUUGUUCUGAUUUUAAGUAUUGAAGUGUUUUUUUGUGUCAGAAUCAUUAAGAACCUUCAUAUCAUCAGCUAAUCAGUGCAUGCUGAGCUUAUGUUUAUUUCUUUCUUUUGUUCUUCUCUUUUACAGUUAUAACUUAUUUCAAUGUCUCAUUUGUUCAGUGAGUUCCAUGUAUCUUAUAAGAUCUAAUAAAGUCUGUUUGAAUCUGAA